AUGAAAGUAAAUUUAUUGCAUAUUUUAAUUUAUUAUAUUAUGAAGAUUAAUAUAGUGGUAUGUGAUAAUGAUUUAUGUUUUAAUGAAAGAGAUAUGCUUUGUUUAAUUGAAAAAACAGAAGUAAAACUAAAAAGAUUUCAACUCGAGUAUUUUAAGAUUGCUUUAAAUAUGGUUUCAUUUAAUAAUUUGUCAGCUAUUAAAAAUGUAUUCUCUGAAUUAAUUGAUGAAUUAAAAGAUAUCAAUUCAGAUGAAAACAAAUACUAUAUGAAGAUGAACAAAUUUAUUAAAAAAAUUAUCAAACAAAUGAAUAUAAAGAAUGUUGUGAUUAAAAAUCUAGGGUGUGAUAAUCUAAAUAAGUUUAAAAUAUUAGAUGAGUGUAUAUUAAAAGUAAUAGAAUUUCUAUUUGAUAAAUAUGAAGAUAAAAUUAUUAAAAAAAUGUUUUUUAAACGAAUAAAAGAUAAAAAAUGCGUAGUAAAUGCGCAUAUGUGUGAAGCAUUCGAAGAUGUAUUCGUUGAAUUUAAAAUAGACAAAUUAAUAAUGGAGUUAAAAAUCUAUGACAUUUUCAAAACUGAAUUCUGUGAAGAAGUUUCUAUAUCUGAAGUUAUUAAAAACAAAAUUAAAUCAUCUCUAAAAAGUGAAAACAUAAACUAUGAGUUGUUUAUAAAAAUCUAUAAUUAUUAUUGUUAUUUAUUUAAAAAAAUUGAGUAUUUUUAUGAAAUAAAAACAAGUGUAAAUGAACAAAUAUUAUCAGAUUAUAAUGAAGAAGAAAUUAAUGAAAUUUUAUCUGAAUUUAAAAUUAGUAUAAACUUUGAAGAAAAAGAUGUUUUAAAAUCGUUGUUUAAUGAAAAAAUGUUCAUAUUAAAAGAGCUUGAACAUUUAAAAUUAAAUCUGAGUUUAAUUAAUGAUUCAUAUGAAUAUCAUAAUGUAAUAAAGAUGUUUAUAAAUGAGAAGAUAAAGAUUUUUGAAGGGAAACUUUCUGUUUAUCUUUCGAAUUCAAAACACGAUAAAUGUAUUGCUAUGAUUUAUGUGAAAGUUAUAAGUAAACUAGAAGAAAAAGUGUUUUAUUUAAACACUUAA